CAACUUGCGGUCUGUCUCCCCCGGCCCAUCAACCGGAAUCAAACGAUAAGAAUAAUGAUUUAAAAGCACCUUGGCAAGCUGAACUAAAUGUGUAUGAUGAAGUGCUAGAAAUAAAUAUUACUAUCUGUGGUGGCACACUUAUAUCACCUCAAAUUGUCUUAACAGGAAAACCCUGUGUAACUAAAGGUAGUUCAGGACAAAAAAUUGAUAUGAAAAAACUCCUUAUUGGCCUGGGGAGAACUAGUCGCUUUGAAAGAAACUAUGAACAAGUUUUGAGAGUGCAACAGAUAACGGUGGGGGGACUCUUCGCUGCCUUGGCCGUGUCUGGUCUGACAGAACUCGUCAACAUUGCCAUUCUAAAACUAGAGUCACCAGCUGAAAUCAGCUGGAAUGUAAUGCCUGCCUGCUUUGACUCGUCAAUACUCGCCCCAAAAACUGGUCAUAGCUUCUUAUCAGGAGUGAUUGUUGGUCGGACGAAUGAAGGUGUAGUAUGGGACAAUGUGGACGCUGAAAAAGUACCACUUCGAAUAAAGGUUUUUCAAGGUUCUGUGGUAAAUCAGGGUAACAACUUCUCACCUAUAUUUACAACAAAUUGGCGGGCAGUAACCAGCAUGCGACCUGUAGGCUCUGGCUUCAUUGUGGACAUAGCUGGCCGAAAGUACAUACUAGGAGUGCACGUGGCCAACCGGCGUUACAACAAAAUUAGCGAAUUCAACAAGGUCUAUUUCAAUAGCAUCGGAAAAGUCAUUCGAGAACAUCUGAAAGAAAGUUACACACGGACCUAGGUUCACAUUCCAAUCGGAAUUUGAAAUACGUAAAAUUUUGAAAUAGGCUACAUAGAAAUUCAAAAUCAUACAAAUACAUUUUUUUGUUCAUGUUGUAUUAUUUAUUUUUCCCUCUUUGUAUAGUU